AUGCAGCGACAGGCCUUCGUGGGCGCGUCCUGCCUGAUGCGAACGCCCUCUCGCGUGAUGCCUCUCACUUCCUCAGCAUCUUCGCGACUUGUGCUGGGCACCGUGCUGCAGCGAGACCAGCGACGCGGCCUGUACAAGACCGACAAGCUGCCCCAGAUCCAGCUCCGGCCGGAGCCGCUGCCCGACCUCGGGCCGUGGCUGGAGCUGACCCUCGUGCGCUCGACCCUGCGCAAGCUGGGCCUCAGCACCCGCCAGUCGGUCUCCUUCCAGCGGGACAUUGGCCCCAUCCGUGGCAUGCUCUGCUCGAUCAACCACUUGAUCAAGUUCGAGCCUGUCAACAUGGAGAGAUUUGGUAUACUUGUCUUCUUCGUCUUCUUCUACUCUGAUGUGCUGAGGGCCGAUCCUCCAAGGCGCGAAGUGGCCGAAGCCGAGGUCGAGGCUGUGGAGGAGGAGGAAGAGUGGGUGCGCUUCAAGCGAGAGUACAUGGCCAACGUCGCCGCCGCCGUGAAGAAGAAGGAGGAGUCCGAGAAGAAGGCCGCCCUCGCCGCCGCCAAGGAGGCCGCCGACAAGAACAAGAAGAAAAAGAAGAAGUGA